AGACUAUUUCGCCCCAGAGAACGCAAGAGUCGAACACAAGAAGCCGCAUCCAUAAACCAGCCGAGCCAAGCCCGCUGUCCCCUCCACCAGCAGGCAAGUAUGAACCAUGGUGAGCCGGGGCUAGAGGCCACAGAGUGCGGCGCUGUCUCCGGGGACAUCACGGAGAGAGGAAAGAGGGACGGAGACAAGAGGGACAAGGAGAAGACAGAGAGGAAGGAGGGAGAAGGAGAAGAAGAAGGGAGUGCAGUGGACGACACAACCAGCCUCGAGCAAGAGACACACGACUGUAGCAAGGGGGGCCAAG